AUGAUCACCCCAUCCAUUCGUGCAUCCGCCUCUGGCGCUCUCCGCACCGCCGCCGCCGCUGCCCAGCGUGCCCCUGUCGCCCGGGGAAUGGCGUCGGUCGCGAUGGAGAACAAGCUUCCUGCAAAGUACGGCGGCAAGUACACUGUCACCCUCAUCCCUGGUGACGGUAUCGGUACCGAGGUCACCGACUCUGUCAAGGAGGUGUUUGAGACGCUCAACGUCCCUGUCGAGUGGGAGGAGUACAACGUUUCGGGUGAGACGACUGGCAACGCCGGCCUGUUCCAGGAGGCCAUGGACAGCUUGAAGCGCAACAAGGUCGGUCUCAAGGGUAUCCUCUUCACGCCCAUGGGUGUUGCUGGCCACAACUCGUGGAACGUCGCUAUGCGCCAGUCGCUCGACAUCUACUCGUCGGUCGUCGUUUGCAAGUCGCUCCCCGGUCUCCCGACCCGCCACGAGAACGUCGACUUUGCCAUCAUCCGUGAGAACACUGAGGGCGAGUACUCUGGUCUCGAGCACCAGUCGUACCCCGGUGUCGUCGAGUCGCUCAAGGUGACGACCAAGGCCAAGGCCGAGCGCAUUGCCCGCUUCGCCUUUGACUUUGCCAUCAAGAACAACCGCAAGAAGGUUACCUGCGUCCACAAGGCCAACAUUAUGAAGCUCGGUGACGGUCUCUUCCUCAACACGUGCAAGGCGGUUGCCGAGAACGAGUACGGCCACACCGGCAUUGAGUUUGACCAGAUGAUUGUCGACAACGCAUCGAUGCAGCUUGUCGCCAAGCCCCAGCAGUUUGACGUCGUCGUCCUCCCCAACCUUUACGGCUCUAUCAUCUCCAACAUCGGCGCCGCCCUUGUCGGUGGCCCUGGUGUCGUCCCCGGCUGCAACUUUGGCCGCGAGUACGCUCUCUUCGAGCCUGGAUGCCGUCACGUCGGCAAGGACAUUGCUGGCAAGAACCGUGCCAACCCCACCGCCUUCCUCCUCUCCGCCACCAUGCUCCUCCGUCACCUCGGCCUCGAGGACCAGGCAAACACCAUCGCCUCGUCGGUCUACAACGUCAUCAAGGGCGGCUACCACCGCACCUACGACGUCGGCGGCACCUCGUCGACGACCGACUUCACCAAGGCGGUCAUCAACAAGGCUCUUGCGGCUUAG